GACUAUGAAAUCAAAGUCCUGAUGCGGGACUUGAAGACAAAGCUUUUGCCUUAGAGAUGAGAAUGCAACUAAUUGACUCAUGAUGUUAACAAAGGGUGAGAAUGUAGAAGAAAUCAAGAAGGAUAAGGAAGCUUAAGGAGCCCUGGUUUCAGACAGAGAGAAUGUCAUUGGUGACGUUGACCAUCACUGUCUUAUGACUGGGCAAAGGUCAGAUUUGAGGAACUCGUGCAGAAAAUGGUGGAAGAGGAAGGUGACAACUCGUUCCAACAUCUUGGAGAGGAAGGUAGAUGGUGAUUCUGAGGAAAAUCAUGAACAUUUAAUACGGCUGGACACCUGAGAUAAUUAUUGAUCAUUGUUGAUGGCAAUCCAUUACAUAUCAAGUUAUAAUGGGGAUCUUUGCCUUUAAUGCACACCAUUCCAAAGAGAAGUGUUUAUGCAUUCUCUCUACGUGACCAUAUCCAAAGUAGGACUCCAGCAUUAAUGAUCAAAUCAACAGCCAGCGGCAGAGAGCAUGCCAGGGAUUGUGAUUUUCCGACGGCGAUGGUCAGUGGGGAGUGAUGACUUGGUUUUGCCGGGAAUCUUCCUCUUCCUCGUCCACACUACCUGGUUUGUGGUCCUUGCUGUGGUUCUGUUCGGCCUGACCUACAACCCUCAAGAGACAUGUUCGCUGAACCUGGUGGACCAUGGCAGGGGUUACCUGGGCAUCCUUAUGGGCUGUAUGAUAUCAGAGGUUGCAAUAAUCUGGCUGAGCAUGCGUGGCAGCAUCCUUUACACAGAGCCUCGAGAUUCGAUGCAGUACAUUCUGUACAUCCGACUAGCAAUCCUUGUAAUAGAAUUUGUGUAUGCAAUAAUAGGAAUCAUCUGGUUGGUGCAAUACUACCAUUCCUGUCAUGACACUGCUGCAAAGAACGUUACCCUGGGAAUCGUUGCCUGUAACUGGGUUGUUAUUCUAAGCGUCUGCAUCACUGUAAUGUGCGUUUUUGACCGAACGGGCAGAACGUUUGUGAAACUCCGAGCAACCAAACGACGUCAGCGAAAUCUUAGAACCUACAAUUUACGCCAUCGCCUGGAGGAAGAACAGGCCAGCAGUUGGUCCAGGCGAUUGAAAUUUUUCCUUUGCUGUACCCGUGCACAAGACUCCCAAUCCGAUGCCUAUUCUGAAGUUGCCUUUCUUUUUGCCGAAUUUUUCCGAGACCUGGACAUCGUACCAUCGGACAUCAUCGCUGGCUUAGUACUGCUGCGGCAGAGACAGAGGGCUAAGCGAAAUGCCGUCUUGGACGAGGCAAACAACGAUAUUCUGGCCUUUUUAUCAGGAAUCCCAGUAACGAGAAACACAAAGUACCUGGAUCUGAAGAACUCACAAGAGAUGUACAUGUACAAGGAGACAUGCUACUACAUGCACUUUGCAUUGGCUGCCUAUGGCUGGCCUAUGUACCUAAUGCGAAAUCCGACCUGUGGACUCUGCAAACUGGCCAGCUCCUGUUCGUGCUGCUGCUUUUGCCUCCCCCGACCCAGAUAUGCUCCAAGUGUGACCGUAGAGGAGGACAACUGCUGUAGCUGCAAUGUCAUUGCCAUUAAGAGACACUUUGUGGAUGAAGACAUGCCGUCUGUGGACAUUGUAUAUACUUCUUGCCACGAUGCGGUCUUUGAAACUCCUUUCUAUGUUGCCGUGGACCAUGAUAAAAAGAAGGUGGUGAUCAGUAUCCGGGGAACACUUUCACCGAAGGAUGCCUUGACUGACCUGACAGGAGAUGCUGAGCGAUUACCAGUGGAGGGGCACCAUGGUACCUGGCUGGGCCACAAGGGCAUGGUGCUGUCUGCUGAGUACAUUAAGAAGAAGCUGGAACAGGAGAUGAUUCUAUCCCAAGCAUUUGGCCGAGACCUGGGCAAAGGGACCAAACAUUAUGGAUUAGUGGUGGUCGGACAUUCUUUGGGAGCAGGAACGGCAGCUAUUCUCUCCUUCCUGCUCAGACCCCACUACCCUACUCUCCAGUGCUUUGCCUACUCUCCCCCUGGAGGACUCCUCAGUGAUGAUGCAAUGGAAUACUCCAAGGAAUUUGUGACGGCUGUUGUUUUGGGAAAAGACCUGGUACCAAGAAUUGGUCUAUCCCAGCUGGAGGGCUUCAGAAGACACCUGCUGGAAGUAUUACAGAAGAGCAAUAAACCUAAGUGGAGAAUUAUCGUGGGUGGCACCAGGUGUAUUCCUAAAUCUGAACUGCCAGAAGAUGUAGAGGAGACAAGUGUUCAGAAUAAUCGGCAAUGGGCCUACCCUAGUGAUCUAACUAUUGCUCUUUCUGCCAGUGUCCCACUGUACCCACCUGGCCGAAUUAUUCACGUGGUUCACAACCACCCAGAGGAAAAUUGCUGCUGUGGACAGGAAGAGCCGACAUACUACGCAAUUUGGAGUGACAACAAGACGUUGGAUGAAGUCAUCAUCUCUCCUGCCAUGCUGAAUGAGCACAUGCCUCACGUUGUUAUGGAUGGACUUCACAAGGUCCUGGAGAAUUACAACAAGGGGAAGACAGCAUUGCUGGGAGCAGCCAUGAUCAUGGUCAGCCCAACUGAAGUGGACUUGAACCCUGACAUGAUUACCCAACAGCAGCCUCAGUCCUUAGGCCAAGGAGACCACAAAAGGAAUAGCGGCAUGAAGACUAAGUCAAAUUCUGAACUGAGCUUUGAAGCCCUUUACCAGAGAAACCCGAACAUCCUCUGCCAAAAGGACCCAGUCGAGUUGCUUCUGAUGAACACAAAAGAACGGCUGGCGAAUGAGGUAGAGGAGCGCAGGGCUCCCCUCGCCAUGAUGGAAAGUCUUUCUGACAACGAGUCCAACUACAGCUUUGACUCGCGGCGCUCCUCUGGAUUCCGCAGCAUUCGAGGUUCUCCCAGUCUGCAUGUCGUAAUGGAGAAGGACGAGUCACACUGUUUCUACAUUGAUCCGGCAAUUCCAGAGGAGAAUCCUUCCCUCAGCUCACGGACUGAGCUGCUUGCGGCAGACAGCUUAUCUAAACAUUCCCAGGAGGUCCAGCAUCCUGAGCCUCUGCAUAACAGCUGUUACUCUCUGCCCAGUCACCUGCUGGUGGAGAGUGAGGAGGACAAUGAAGCCACAGUGGAUGCAGAUAGUUUGUUGGAUAAGUUGCCAAUGGAAGACGACAGUAAGGAAAGCUUGCGGGAAGCACCCAGUCCACAAGUCCUUGAAUUUGCAGAAUUUAUAGAUAGUCUCUUCAAUCUGGACGGGAAAAGCAGCUCCUUCCAGGACAUUUAUCAUAUGGUACUCGAUGAUAGUUUAGAAGACUAUAACGAGAUUCCCAAAUCAGUCAGUGAACAUGAGAUCCUGGCGCGGGCACAGUUUGAACCCAACCUAGUGCCAAAACCACCCCGUCUGUUUGCAGGGUCAACGGAUGCCGGGACCUCAUCUGGGAUCUCAGUAUCUCCGUCUUUUCCGUUCAGUUCGUCGGGAGAACUCAUGGACAUUACUCCAACGUGCAUGAGCAGCCAGGAGUGCCUGACUAUGGAUACAAAGUUGAGAACUUCAACUCCAGCAGAACACCAACCCAACUCUAAUAAAGCUGCAGAGUUUCUCAUCUCAGCUCUCUAGAGCCCAGCACUUGUCAAAGCACACACGCAUGCUAACCUUGUAACACGAGACUGCCCAACUCCACAAAAACAAAGUAAAUCUCUUGAAUCCACAUUGCUAUUGGGUUAAAACUGGCUCAGGCCAGAACAAGGAAAAGAAAAAAAAAUUGGGGCUGUGAUGGAACAACAGUUUCGGAUCCAGGAAGAAGGUGUUAUUGUAAACGAUCAACCAAUAUAGGGGUGUGGCUCAACUAUUCAUUCAGUACUAUUCAUUCAUUUGUUUAUGUGCGGGUCAGUAACGAAGUAGCAGACAUUAAUUCUCCCACCAAGUGGUUAGUAACCCCAACCCCCAACCUCCACCACUCCCCGCGCAUUAAUUUGCUGUCUUGCAACCUUGAAACCGCCAUCCAUUCUGGGACCACGUUAAAUAUUUGGCUGGAUUCACAGUAUCUUAAAAAGCCUCUGCAAAGCCCAUUGAAUAUCUGUGCUGCCUGUCAUCCAUGAACCCAAGCAAUUAUAGUAAUGCAGAUUUGGGUUCAUACUGCACCAGUAAUGAUGGAUUGCAGCAAUUCGUUCUGCACAUGAGUGCAGCAGAUAAGUACCUCACUUGAUGCCAUUUCUAUGAUGGAAAUGAAAGAGCAGUUGCAACUUUCUAUUAUUGAUGAGGCUCAUUGUGUGAAGCGCAGCUAGAGUAUAUUUUGAAAUGAACAGUGUAGUCUUAUCACUGUUGCCGAUACAUUAAUGUCAGGUCUUUCCUGCUAACUCCGAUGACAGGUAAAGAUUGCUAAGAUACUAAUAGUAACCUUAGUUCCCUGGCCAGUAUUUCUCCAAGAAAUCAGUAUUCUCAGUACUCUGCCUCUCUAAAUCUUGAGACGUUGCAUUAUAUCUCAAAUGCAGAAUAAAUGACACCCCAGACACUGCUGACUGCUGGCUUGAAUUCAUGAAUGUGACUUAUUUUUAAUGUUUCGCCAAUGAAUCUGCGGCUUAUGAGGAGAGAGAAGUAAAUCGAUGAUGGCUGUUGAGUUUUUUAAAAAAAGAAUGACAACGGCAGCUGUGAGCAAUUUGUGGCCAGGGCUCCCUCUGUCUCCUCGUCCUACUUGAUCUCUGUUCUGCCUUUGACUCUAUUGACCACUCUAUUCUUCUCCGCCGCCUCUCCUCGGAGCUUCAUCUUCAUUCUUCUGUCCUCCACCUUCAACUCCAGGACCACUGCUGUCC